UUUCAAUCUUUGUUCUGCUUAUUUUCACGUUAUUUUUUUCAUUAAAGGGGCUUAACUGAGCUCAACGUAGGAAAUUUUGGAUGGGCGACAAUUAGGAGAGCCCGGACAACACAUUCUGACAAUUCAUGAUUGAUCAGCAACAUGUAGGAACAACUGAUAGUCUCUCUAACAAGUUUAGAGAAUUUGACUCAACACAACUUUUAAAAUGCCUCUUAAAAAGAAACCUCUGGAAGACGCAAGGAAAAGAUUGCAGGAAAAGCUGAACAAUGUUGAAGAACAGUCUGAGUAUAUCUGUCAGGUUAUCAAUGAGCUGGUAUCCAAGGCCUCAAAUCCAGCUAAAGAUCUCCUUCAAGAGAAAGAUCGUAAGAAGUUUUUUCACAACUACUCUUCUGUGAGUCAGGAACUUGAGAAAUGUCUGGAUUGUUUGUUAUUAAUAAGUGAUUCAGUCACUGCACUGGGAGAGGAAGACACUCUGGGUGCCAGUGAAGAUUUCACUAGUUCUACUUCUGAACCAAGUGACCAUGCAGAGCAAGAUGCUGCAUCAUCAGAGAAGAGAGACAGCAGUAGGGCAGAUGCUAAGUCACCUGAUGAUAAAAGGGGUGAAGAUAAAACUCACCAUGGUGAAAAGAAAGAAAGUAAAGGCAAAGGCAAUAAAAAAAGUACUGAAAAGGAUUUAGUCAAUGCUGCUUCCAAAACAGAAUCCCAAGAGGAUGGAAGCAAAAAAGAGCACAUAUCCAGGAUUCACAGCCAAGGUGAAAGUAGUGAACUCACAGAACCUGUCAAGACACAGGCUCUGUUUGUAUCUCAGAUUGCUUCUGCUACGUCUUCAACUGGUGAUGAAAAACUGCAAGCAUCUACACCAGAACAGACCCCACAACCAAAGGUAGUCUCUGAAACACAAAGAGUUAUACCAGUAGGACAAAAGGACACCAGAGAAUCCAUCUCUGACAGUCUUGAUAAACAGCCACACAAGCCCUCAUCUGUUGACCAAGGUAGAGGGAGAAGUGUGGAAGGUCAUGAUCUGAACUUGACAUUGAUCAAACCUGAACCUGGAAAACAAUUUGUUGAUCAGAAACAAGCUGAUAAUGUUUCAGUGUCUGCGGCAUCUAAGGAUGGCAAAAGAAGAGGGUCCAAUUCUUCAUCUGUGAGUGCCCUGUCAGAUAUUAUUCAAGAUAUCAAGAUUUCUCCACGGGAAGCUAAAUUGGCUACCGAAAACAUACCAACUAAAGUUCAACUCCCCCUGUACCCUUUCAAGAAUGGCCAGGGGCUGGAAGUUGUUGUCACUGAGGUAUUGAGUCCAUGGGAGUUUUGGGUUCAACCCAUUGGAACAGAGCUGGAUUUACUCAUGGAGGAAAUGUGUAUGCACUAUGCAAAAAUGGCAGCAGCAGGUUACAAAGGAGGGCUUGUAACCGCGCCUGAUGUCGGCGACUUCUGCUGUGCAAAGUUUACACAAGAUGACACGUGGUACAGGGUGUUAGUGACGGGAGUUAAAGAAUCGGCUACAGUUGAUGACGGUAACCGUGAGGAUCUGGGCCUUUCCCGUCUCCGUCCCUUGGAAGAAAAAUUCCUGAAAUUGCCCUGUCAAGCUUUGUGUUGUGCUCUGUCGGGAGUCAGGCCAGUGGGUCUACAGCAACAGAAGACAGGGUCAGAGACCUCUAUAUGGAGUGUAGACUCGAUUGCCUGGUUACAAUACAAAGUGUCCGGCACAAAGCUUCUCGCAUAUCCUACAAGAGUCGAGUCCAGCAAGCUUGUCAUUGUCGAUCUCUACGUGUUCCCUCCCAAGUACCCAAAGCUGAAAACCCCAGUAUCGUCUGUAGCAGGGAAAGGUCUGCCGGGACUACAGUUCAGUAUUGCAGAGAUGAUGAUAACUUCCGGUGUGGCGCAACGAAUCAUGCCGCAAGUGGAAGAUGGUGGCGCGUGCAGUACCGGGUCGAGUCCUUUGUCGGAAGGGAGCAACGGGUAUUUGACUCGGAGCUGUAGUAGUGUGAGUAUUGGGAGUAGCGUGCAGGAAGGAAAUGGACUCGUCGAGAAAUGUGCGGAUACUGUAAAUUUUAAAGAGGAAAGUGCGUUUACGGACAAUUCUUGUUCAUCGAAAGAAACUGUUAUUCACGAGUCAGCUCUAACGAACGAAGAGCAUGCAAAGGUGAAUGAAGAGUCUUCUUUGGAUGAAGCAGAGAAUACAGAUUCCAAUUCUGGACAGAAGGUGACGGAUCAACAAAUCGACAGCGCACCUGGAUUAAGCUGGAAAGAUAGAAAUUUAGAACAUUCCCACGACCAAAAAGACAUAAAACCUAUUGGUGUAUCGAUGUUCCCCGAGUCCCUUCCCAUGUCAGGCCCUGAAGAGUCCUUCGUCACCGAGCUCCCACCCAUGCAGGGCCCUGUUUGCCUACAAAUGCUGAUGUCUCAUGUUGUGAGUCCCAGCGAGUUUUAUGUUCAUCUUGUAACGCCAGAUGCUGGAAUUCUUGAUGUUAUGAUGGACGAAUUGAACAAGUUUUACGACAGUGAUCCUUUUCCCCAAAGUUGUGAGUCAAGUAAUGGUUUCCAGCCCCAAAUAGGAGACUACUGCUGUGCCCGUUUCACAGAGGACGGGAGAUGGUACCGUGGUCUGGUGACCGGUGUCCGCUGGACUGUCAAUAGUCAAAGUCCAAUCAGCAGUGUUCUCGAUGUCCAAGUAUUUCAUGUGGAUUUUGGAAGUUCCGAGUUUAUUUCUGUUACUGAUAUCAAGCCUCUCGAAGCCAAAUUCCUAUCGCUACCUGGGCAGGUGGUGAAGUGCCGACUGGCGAACCUAAGACCUUUGAUAAUAGAAGAGACCUCGCCAGCCCCAGAAGAAGUCCCUGCCAUGGAAGAAAAAACCGAGACAGUCAGCAUACCAACAGAAGAAACCCCCCCGAAAGAAGAGAAACCAGAAGCGGUGGUUGAACGGCCCACCAAAUCUGAUUCUUCUCCUUCGCGGAAAUCUCGCACCAAAAGGGACAGAAGGAAACGAAAACGAACCCCGAAGAUAUCGUUAAAGGAUGAAAAUAUUGUUAUACGCGCGGCUGGUGAUGAAUCUUACGAGAGCAGUGAAAUGAGUGAGAUUGAAUUCUUGAAAAGCAGAGACCAGGAAAAAGAGAAAAAGAAAGUGAAAGAUAACAAUGAUUCCAAAGUGGAUAAAGCUGCGUUUCCGGUUGAUAUAUCAUAUAAGAAGCCCAUCCUUAAUCUUGACUUGUACGACACCACAGAGGACGACGAUAUCUUUAUUAAUCAAGUACUUGUGGAGACAGGAAUAGCAGAUUUUUUGCAAAAUCCUGCAGAACGGACAGGAAAUGAUGUUAUGACGGUUCAACUCACUCUCGAAGGUUUAGAGAACGCUGCUUCAAGUAUGCAACAACAAGGUUCACCCUCAGAUGCAAAGGAGGCAAAGGCUCUGACAAGUCCAGGAAGCUCAACCAGUCCGCUGAAAGACUGGGAUCCAAUGAUGGAAGAUUUUCUUUCAUCUAAAAACAGAUAUGCUGUAGACCGUGAUGACUUGGAGAUCGUCUUUCAAGGAUACCAGGAUCUGAGCAGAAGAGUGUGCCAUUAUUACCAGACAAGAUCAGGUUGCUGGCGAGGAGACCAGUGCCCCAAUCUUCACGUUAAAAAAGGCGAAGAGCUUCAUGAUUACGUGGAGGCAUUUUGUGACAACAGGGAUUCCUCUGUCACGCUACCUGAUAUCGGUACCUGGGUUGCAGUUCGUGUCACGGCCAUCUUCAAUCCAGGACAUUUCUGGGUGCAGUUCCCAUACGGAACAGAACCAAUAGAGAAGCACAUCAUGGCAGCGAGGUUGAAUCGAGAGUUCGAAUUUGACAACGGAGAGCAAGAAGAUCUUGAUUCUCUGAUGAACAAACUCGGGAAAUUCUAUUCUCGAAACAAUUGUCAAGAUCCCAGGCGUAUUUUUCCCGCUGAAGGCGAGCUGUGUGUGGCCAAGUACUCCAAAGACGAUAAAUGGUACAGAGCGCGUAUCACAGGUGUGCGGGAGGACGAACUGCAGGUGUUUUUUGUGGACUAUGGUAACUCUGAGUGGACACGUGCCAGUCACGUGAAGCGCAUGCUCCCCCACUUUCUCCAUCUUCCAUUUCAAGCUCUCGAAUGUUUCUUGGGGAAUGUGGAGCCAAUUGAUGACGUGGUCGCAAAUGGUAAAAAAUGGUCCCCGGAUGCUAUAUCAACUUUCAAAUCGCUUACAGAAGACAAAGUACUGAUAGCUCACAUCCUUUCUAAGGCGUGGAAUCAGACUAUUUAUGUCGACCUGUUCGACACGGAGGGUGAAGAAAUUCACAUUAAUAAGGUGCUGAUCGAAAAGGGGUUUGCAAAAGAAACCGAACACACAGUCAACAAUCCCUGGAAUAUUGAAGCAAGUAUUAAAUUCAAUCCCCAUAAGAUCAUUGGGCUACCAGGAUGAUAUUUCGUUGCGUUUCGUCCAACAUGUCGCACAGCUUAUGGUGCGUCUUGGUGGAGAGCUGGUAGCUCCAAGAAGCUUCACUGGUAAAGACAUGGUUCUAAAAUUUAAUCGAGUUAGAAUUACGUUGCGUGACGUUCAGCAGUCUCACUUGGCCUGACUGAUUUUGGAAAAAACAUCGUGGCACGCAGCUCAUUUCUUGAUACUGUAAAAAUCAUCGUGUCACGCAGGCCAUUUCUUGGUACUGUGCGGUGUACUGUGGGGGUAAGCUGUUAGAAAGAAAUGCUACACUGGCAAGCAAAAAUUUUCGGAACAGAUUGUUUGCAAUUCCUUUCGCUAAAUGUGUGAGAACCUCAAAGAUAUAAAUGGUUUUAAUUUUUCCGUCAGGAAUGAGGUGUUUCUGUCAAUGAUUUGAAUAAGAAGUCUUAACUUUAACUACCAUCAAAAAUUGGGACUGUCAGGAGAAAUUUAAAUCGUCCCUUACUAUCGUUUCGUUCAACAGUCGCCCUACGCUUGCGUGACGUGAAAAAGCGUCAUGUCACGCAGACGGUUUCUAGGUCAGUGUGUUGCCUGGUACGUUUUGGGGAUAUCAAUGUUCUGUAACACUAGUAGAAACGACAUGAUUGAUGGAUAACUUUGUUCUUGGGAAGAAAGAAUGAAAUCGUCAAAUUUGCUGAAGGUUAAUGUUAAAGAGAUCUUAAAAUUAAAACAGCGUUUGAAUGGUUUGUUGUCAACUGGUUUAGUGAAGUUUGUUGUCAACUGGUUUAGAAAAGAAAGGAAAAAUAACUUGGGGCAUA